GGCGGAGGGGAUGGGAGGGGAGGAGGAGGUGGAGGGGGAGGCGGAGGGGGAGGCGGAGGAGGAGGGCUGGCCAGCAAGGCGGCAGGCGGCCGCGGCCGCGGCAGGGACAAGAGCUGGCUGGCGCUGCGCGGCCUGCGCGUGCGCAUGGCCGUGCACAGCGGCGUGUUCGCCGCCACAGACGUGGCCGUCAACGCCGCCUCCGGCCGCACCACCUACGGCGGAGUGCCCAUGCUCAAACUGCGUGCUGCCGCCGGCGCCUGCCCCGGCGCCCUCACGCUCGUCACCGCCGCCACCCACGCCCUGCUGGCUGCCAAAGCCGUGUCUUCAGGCCUGCCGUACGUCGUACUGAAGAGCAAGGCAGUUGGGGACAGCGGCGGCGCCGCCGCCGCCGCCAUGAAGCCUGCUGGCGGCGCCGCCGGCGCUGGAGAGGAUGGCGGCGCCGACGGCGCCACCAGCCAAAGCCUGAGUGCUGCUAUGUGGCGUAUGAGUUUCAGCACAAGGGCGGCCGGCGGUGCCGCCAGUACGGCAGCCAGUGGCGGUGGCGGCGGCGGCGCAACGUCGCUGCAGCGCAGCGCCGGCGGCAGCGCCGCCGCCGUCGGCCCGACGGCGGUCCUGUUCUGGCACGCCGGCGUCCACCGGCUGGACUCGCACCUGCCGCAGCCGCUCGAGGUGUUUGCGGCGGCGACGCCUGUUCUGGCGCCGCGCUGGGCGCUGCUGGCGGCGCCGGGCCCCGCUGACGUCACCAGGACCGUGGCGCCGGGGGUGUGGGAGGCGCCGGUGGGGCGGCUGUGCGUGUCGGUUGUGUCGGUGUCGGGCGGCGCCGCCAUUGCGGCCUGGAACCUAGGAAUCUGGCGCGAGAGCACCAUGCUGGUGUGGCGCCAGGCCGCACGACUGGCCCGGGCCAACGGCGGCUUCCUAGCAACCACACGAGUAGGCGUCGGGGCCGUGCCCGCCACCAGCGGCCGCGGCGGCGACGGAGGCGGCGGCCGCGGUGGCGGCGGCGCCGCGCCCGGCGCCGCGGUGCCCUCCAGCGCCGCCAACACCACGUCUGGUCCGCGGCUGCUGCUCAAGAGCCCCACCGGCCCAGCCGCCCUCAAGCCCUCGCCACCCGCACCCACCACUGCUGCCGCACCCACCGCGCCCCCUGCAACGCCGCCGCCGCCUGCCGCCAGCCAGGGUGUGGGCGCGGGACUGCUGCUAGGCCGCGGCUCCAGCGUGCUGCUGGCGGCGGCGUUCCCCUGCGCGGCGGCGGGACUGCGCUGGUCGGCGGAGCUCAUCGCGUUCGGCCUGCUGGCAGACUGGCCCGCCUCGCUGCUGCUGCACGAGCUGGCGGAGGAGACGGCGCUGUUGGACGCCGCCACCAUUCGCCGCGAGGCGACCACCGAGGGCCUCGGCACCGACACCACCACCGCCGCCAUGGCCGGCAGCAGCAGCAGCAGCAGCAGCAGCAGUGGAAGCAGCAGGCCGCGCCACCGCGACGGCGGCGGCGCCAUUGUCAUAUCAAAUCGGGAUCGUGACGACAGGGAUGGUGGCGGCGGCGCCGCCGCCGCUGCGGACGCGGCGCUCCCGGAAGCAAGCCGGCGCACGGAGGCAGCUGGAAGUGGCGGGGAGGCGACCGCCACAGCUGCUGCAGCUGCAUCAGGACGGCGGGACGAGCAGCAGAAGCGGCCGUGGACACGGACAGCGGGCGUGGGAGCGGAUGUAGCAGCGACAGCUACUGCCGCUGCGCCCCGUGGCGGCGCCGCUGACGGCGGCGGCGGUGGCGGCCAGGCUGUGCACGUGCGCCGCGGCCGCAUGCAAGCUCCCGGUCACACCGCAGCAGCAGCGGCUGUUGCUGUGGCUGUAGCUACAGCGGCUACAGCGGCUGCGGCAACGGCUGUGGUCGCAGGCCCCGACGCACAGCUUGGCGCAGCGGCGGCGCCGGCCGCAAGCGCCGCUGCCCUGCCAGCUACCCCCUCGCUGCCCUCGACCAUGAACGGCGAUUACGCCGCCGCUCACCUGUCUCCGCCCGUGCGUGUGGCGACGGCCGCCGCCGCCGCCGCCAUUCCUGCUGGCGGCGGCGACGGUGGCGGCGGCGGCCUGCUGGUCCCCGGCACGCCGUACACCGCCGCCGCGCCCGCCACCCGCCACAACCUGGGCUACCUCACUGAGUCCAGCUACGACUACUUGCCGCUGCCCGGCGCCGGAGGCGGCGGCGGCAGCGGCGGCGGCGGCGGCGGCGGCGGCUACGUCAGCAGCAGCGGCGGCGGCGGCGGCGGCGGCGGCUACGUCAGCAGCAGCGGUCCGCGGUCUCGCUCGGGUCUGGUGGGCGCGAUGCGGCUGCCCGUGCCCAUCCCGGUACGGCAGGUGGUGGUGCUGCCGGCGCCGGCGGCGCAGCCGGGCUCGCUGGCGGCGCUGCCCAGCGGCUCCUCCACGUACGGCACCUCGGCGGCGGCGGAGCUGGCGGCGGUGAUGGCGAUGGGGCUGGGCGGGCUUGGCGUGGCGGAUGCGGAGGAAGCGGCACGCGCCGUGGGGCUGCUGCCCAUGCCGGAGGCGGCGGCGGCGGCGGGGGUAGUGGAGGCGGGGGUGGUGGAGGGGGUGGAGGCAGCAGGAGCAGGGGGCGAUGCGAUACAGGAGCAGGGCGGCGGAGUGUUGGGUCCGGCGCCCGCCGCCGCAGCGCUCACGCCCGCUGCAGCUGACCCUGCGGCUAUCGUCGCCGACCCGGCUACAGCUACAGCCGCAGCCGUCAGCAGCGGCAGCACCCUAGACGUCGCUGCGCGCCGGUUCCCCACCGCGCCUGCGGCGGCGGCGGCGGCCGCCGCCCUGUCCGGCUCCGCUGGCUCUCCUGCCACCACCGCGCUGCCACAGCCGGCGGUGGUGGUCGCCAGCCGUGCCCUGGACAAGUCGCCGGUGCCCGGCAGCGGGCUAGCGCUGGCGGGCUGCGCCGUACGGCCCACAACACUGAAGAUCACAGAAGAGCUGGCGACGUCCAUGCUGCGCAAUGUACGGCAGCAGUUGACGCCGUCGCAGGCCGUACGACUGCUGGCGGCGCAGCACCACCGCCGCGGCGGCGUCGGCUUCGGCGGCAGCGGCGGCGUGAAUUGCGGCGGCGGCGGCGGGCGGGAUGCGGCGGAGGAUGCGUACGUGGACAAGUCGACGGCAGUAGGCGGCGCCGGCGGCGGCGCCGACGCGGGCGCACGAGGGGCAGCGAUGGUGGGUGGCGCGUCCGGGCGCAGGGCUAACAACGGCGUUGCGGAGGGGGAGGUAGCGUCGGUGAAGGGCGCCGGCGCGGGUGUCAGCGGUGCCGCCGCCGGUGCCGAUGCCAGCAGCCGGAAGCACGCCGCAGCGCAAGGUGGUGCCGGCGGCGGCGGCGGCGCGGCCGGCCUUGCCGAGGGCAGUGCGCACGGCAGCUCGGGGCAGCGGCUGGUGCUGCUGCCAGGGGCGCUGCUUGACAGACUGGUGGCCCGGGGGCUGAGGCUGCGUGCGGGGCUGGACGUGGGCACGGCGGUGGCGGAGGUCAACUGCGUCACCGGCGAGGUGCGCUACGCCGGCCCCGCGGCCCUGGGCGCCGCGGCCCUCGCGGUGGGCGGCCCCGUGUCGCACGUGCGCAUCAGCCCCGCCGCCGCACGUGCGCUGGCGGAGGCGGGCGAGCAGACGGCAGGUGGCGGCGGCGGCGGCGCGGCGGCGGUGGCGGCGCCGCUGGCGGCGCUGCAGCCCGCGAUGGCGGCGCGUGUGAUGGUGGUGGCGGCGCAGCCGCUGGGGGGUGUCACUAGCUAGCUGAGCGAGGGGUUUGAACUGCAAUGGCAAUGGGCGGCUGAAUUGCGUGAACUGGUGAAUGGUGAAUGGACAUGGAACGGGCAAAGUGUGAGUGGCAUGGGCAUGUGAGCUUUCGGGCUCAUGCUGGUGGUGGUCAAUUUGGGCAUUUGAAUGGCAACAGAAAACUUCAAUUUGGCGGUGGAAGGCUGCGCCUGACGCACAUGCAUGUCGCCAGCUCAGUAUCAGUAUCAUUGCUUAUGCUCAUGCUAUAGUGAGGUUGGCCGCUGGCACAGAUGGGGUGCUCGAUGCAUGCACUGCUGAGACAGGGUCCACAAGUACAAUGACGAAGGCCAAUGCACUGGCAGUUUGUGUUCUCAUGUUUAUAUCCUCAGAUUUUGCGGGUAGGGCGCAUAGCAUUGUCGAAACCAUCGAGUGCAUUUGGUAGUCUGUUGGUGCAUGGUUUGCAGACGACGUUUGCGACAGGUUGAGAUGGGAGGUCUCCCCACAUGUGCCUGCAGUGAGUAUCUACUAUCUAGUGUACUGCCCAUCCGCUGCUAGGACGUACCGCGUGUGCGAGUCAGGCCGGUGCACUGGUGUGGCGGGCGUGAGAGACCAUGCGCACGCAGUGUACUGCAGCGAUGGCCUUCCCUUCAUGCAGGGUCUAAACUUGCAGGAUGUUUAGCUCGUGAACGGCUGCCCGUCGGGGAGGAAUGAACGCACCGUCCACAUGCGUGCGGCUGGCGGUCUGCUAAAUUUGAAUUUUCGUGAGUGCUGCCC